ACGCCGGAAAGUUCGCGCGAUCUUUUCGAAUUGACGUCGGUCCGAGACAUGACCGCGGCGGCAUUGGUCACGGUCCGGUCGGUCGCGGGCUUGAUGCCGCAAUUCCAGCGCCCUUUCAUCAAGUUCGUCUACGAGAAGCCGUCCACGCAGAAGCGAGUGUCUGCUAGGACCGACGAAGCCGAAACAAUCAUGCUACACGGUACGGACACAACAAUCGCGACUUGGCGUGACGCGGUAUUAUGCGUCCCUGUUAAUGCCCACACGUUAACGAUUGAGCUUUGGAAUGCUCAUGCACACCACGAUGUGUUCCUGGGUCAGACACGAGUCUACUUCGAUCCCAAAGGACCGCCAGAAGUAGGCCCUUCAUGGAUUGCAAUCAGUAAUGUCCCGUACGAUGGUGUCAAUCUUAAGCGACCUGUUAAUGUGGAAGUCAUUGUUACGCACAUGAAGAGCACUGCCGUGUUUUCGUCGUCCGACGUUCCCCAAUCGACGUCUCCGCAACAAUCUAUCGUUCAUCCUUCGUUUCAAUUCAAAAUUCCUGCGCGGGAGAUCGACUGGUCACGCAUUGCCACCAUCAAUGUUUCAGAGAUCUUUUUUUUGGGAGAUGUCAAAUCACUCCUUGAGCUGCAGGACGAAGUCCUGUACGGCAACACGCUGGCAUCGUUGGACAUGAUCGUGGACAAAGAGUUUGAAAGAGCGUUCCAAAUGUGCCAGUAUUCUGCCCAGUACCUCCACCAGUGCGUCGAGUUCCUGUCCCAGCGCUGUGCCACAUACGCAUCUUCGCAUUGCGAGCUGCUCCAACGACAAGAGAAUGCUGCGCACGCGCUGGACACAAAAAAGCGUCAGCGACGCCAUCUUGAAAAACAAGCCAAGGAAUGCGACGUCUUGAUUGCGGCUUACGAGGCUAUUGCCAAGACACUUCCAGACGCAAUUUCACAACCAAAGGCUCCAUCAGUCGCCUCAGUAUCUCCGCAAAGUGCAUCCCCUGUGUCUCGUCCAAAGUUGCAGCCGUCCAUACCAUCAAUACAAGGGCCAUCAUCACCACAAAAUCAGCAAACAAAUGAAAUAAGCUCUGCUCCACCCACGCCAAUGACGCAACUGUCUCCUUCCAAGGUUCCCUUGCUCAUGAGUUACGAAGAACGAAUGGAGAAGAAUCGACUGGCUAAGGAAGCCACGCGGUUGGAACGAAUAGCGGCGGAGAAGCAGCGUUUGAUACAAAUCAUGGCUGAUCAAGCCAAGGAGCGCGAGUGGAAGCAAACAGUGCUCUUUCACGACCAGGCGUUGCUAGACAACGCGGCGCGGCGGCUGCAAACGUGGUUGCACCACAUCAUGCUCAAGCGUAGGUACCAUGCCAAACGCCGUCGAAACGCUGCGGCCGUCGCGAUUCAAUGUCGCGUGCGGCAGAUUCAAGCCAAGCAAGUGUAUCGCCAACGUCGACAACAGUCACUUGAUCUCACUGCACAACUUGCAAGCCAACUCUUGGAGCAGCGAAUCCAACACCAACAGCACGUUGAAGCGGUGCAGCGCCAGCAAGCGAAGGAGCUCGAGCCGAUCUUGCGGCUUUGGGCAGAUAUACAGCAAGCAUUUAAGCGGGCAUCGAGGGUGCCCACGGGGGCUUCUGUGUUUUCUUUCUUUGACACGAACAACGCUGGACAAGUGGACCGAGCAACAUUUCGACGCCAACUUCUCCGCCUAGGUUUUGAUAUACCUCGUCAAGCGGUUCGGAGGUUGAUCCAGUUGAUUCACACGCGCGCCAAUGUACACAGUGACCGCCUCGUCGUCACCGCGGAUCAAUUUUCGAAAGCAUUUGCCUUGACGAGUGGACAUUUCACCCCAGUUGAGGAGGCUCCCGAACCUACAACUCCAAGUCUGGAGGCGCCCUUGGAUGCACCAGAUCCCAUGGUGGUGGCACCAGUGACGCACGUGGCGCCCGCCGUUCCAACAUUGGAUUCGGUGGAAGGCAUCAGUUUAUCCUUUCGACAGUUGCGAGAGCGAAUCGUACAAGCCGCUCGCGUUCAGUUUGGAGGUGGCAAUCACUCGAACAUGACGUUUGCGUCACUUCGUACGGCACUAAUCAAGCUAUUCGCCACGUUCGAUCCCCAUGGCAGCGGCGACGUGUCGUUGGCAGACUUUAAGGCGGUGGUCGAAUCGCAGCUUCACGUGACGAUAGAUUCGCACUGGGAUUACGUUCGCGAGUGUUUUGACGUGGACGGAAGCGGGAGUCUCAACAUUGCCGAGUUUGUCGCGUUUGCAUUCGCCGAUUCGUCCGUGGACGAGAUGGGCGUUCUGGGCUAUCAACUUCGAGACGCGAUCCUACACCGCGUCAAAGCUGCACGAAAGGAAGCUGCCGCCACGAUUGAAGACGCUGUGCGCUAUGUGUUUCGUCCAGUGUUUCACAAACGAGAUGAAGCCACAUUUGCCGAUUUCAGUCAUUCCCUUGCACAACUCAAGCUUGGGUUUACCCUGGGCCAGCUCUCGCGCUUAGUUUUACGCCUGGAUCAGGACAAGAAUCAUUUGAUUUCCCUUGAUGAACUCUUGCGAUGGCUCAAACUGAGGAGUGCAAGUGACAACUCAAGCAACUUAUUGGCGCGUACUCCGUCCAGUACGACGGACAGCACUAGCAGCACCAGGGCAAGUGUGAGCGCCACAAGCGUGGGUGUGAAAGAGCUUCGACAGCAACUCGUUGGACUAGCAGGCGAAGCUACUCCCCAAGCGAUCAAAGUCUUAUUCGAAAAGAUGGACGCGAAUCAAAGCUCGAAAUUGAGUGCGACUGAGUUGCACGGAUACUUGGCCGUGCCAUCACUGCCGCUGUCCGUAGUGGAAUCUGCUGUCGCGUGCAUGGAUGUUCGUCGGAGCAGCGUCGUGUCCAAGGCCGAUUUCAUUGCAUUUUGUCUCGACACAACUUCGGCGACAGAAGAAGAGACUGGUGUCGUCAUGGAGCAAUGCCGCCGCAAACUCACCGAAGUAUGCGUGGACCAGGAGGGAUUUCAGCGCUGGUUUGGCGCCAUGUCCCAACAGCACGGAAAAGUUCGAACAACCGAACUCAAGCACGCAUUGAAGACUAUGAUUCACGUUCCAGACCAUGUGAUGGAAGGCGUCGUUCGACGAUUGGACUUCGAUGGGAGUGGAUGGAUCUCUGAAAAGGAGUUCCAGGCGUGGGUACAGCCCGUACGCGACAUUGAAGUGCUGCUCCAGUUGGUCGAACAGAACCAAGCCAUGCAACAAAAAGGGAAGGAUCUCUUUUCCACCUUUGACUUGGACGGCAACGGUGUGAUUGGUCUUGAAGAGUUCCACGCUGGCCUAAAACGAUUCCAAGUGAACGUUAACAAGGACGAAGCGGCCGCGCUCUUAAAGGAAUUCGAUGUCGACACGGACGGAGUGCUAAAUGCGUCUGAGUUAAACGCGAUCGUGGAAGCAUACAACAGCGACGACUUCGACUUGCACGAGCUAGCAGGGCAGGUGUCAUAUCAAGGGACGGCAUAUGACGACGAAGAGUUUGACGACUAAUCGAAGCAAGUGAACGUGGAUGUGCUACUCAUGGGGUACAUUGAAUAGAAACUCGACAUAGGAGGUAUUCGUCUCCUUAUCCAUCGAAACGAAAUGCAUCCUCGAGCUGCUUCUUGGCUGUAUGGGAUGCUGUGGAGGACGACUUGAAGGCAGUUUUCUUCGACAGCGCCGACUUGACGAAUCGAGCCGUGUUGGACUCGACUGGUGCUUUCGACAGUGGGGCAUUCUUUACAACGUCAAGUGUGUUUU